AGAGAGAGAGAGAGAGAGAGAGAGAGAGAGAGAGAGAUGUUUGGGCAGUUGUCGCACGAGACACAAGUGAAGGUGGGAGCAGGCAAAGCAUGGGAGCUGUAUGGCACCAUCAACCUGGCCCUGCUCGCCAAGGAGGAGCUCUCUCACACCAUUCUCCAACUCGACAUCUUGGAAGGCGAUGGCGGCGUCGGCACCACCAUCAAGCUCACUUUUGCCGGAGGUUUCUCCUAUAAAGAGAAGUUCACAAAAGUGGACAACGAACGCCGUGUGAAAGAAACCGAGGCGGUGGAAGGCGGGUUCCUAGACAUGGGGCUCUCCCUGUACCGAGUGCGAUUCGAAGUGGUAGGCGGGGACGAGGAGGAGUCGUGCGUUAUCAAGUCCACCGUCGAGUAUGAAGUCGCGGAUGGGGCUUCCUUCGAUGUCUCCAUCAUCUCGGUCAAGCCCUUUGCGGAUCUCGCAGAAGCUGCCAAGAAGCAGCUCACCACCUCGGCCGGCGCCGACUGAAAAGAAUAUCUCUCUCUCUCUCUCUCUAUUCGAGGGUUGGCGGAACGGAAAAUAAUAUAAAAAUCAAAUAACUUCUCGUUGCAUUGCUCUUUCAUCUUUCAUGUAUGACCGGAGAGUUGCUCCAAAUGAUUUUCAACUAAGGGCGAAGCUGUACUGAUUACCA